AUGGGAUGUGAUGGUGGCACUAUACCUCGCCGUGAUGAGCUAGUGCGACUUAAGAAAAAACCAGAACAGAAGGAUAAAGACGCAGAAAGGCAAUUUCGCUGGAAGCACUGUGCACUAACUCAACAGCGACUACAGCAGCCGAUCGUGAUGUGUGGAUUGGGCAGACUUUACUCGAAGCAAAAUGUGAUUGAGGCUCUGCUGGAUAAAGAGAAAAUGACCGAAGCUUGUGCUCAUCUCAAAUCUCUGAAGGAUAUCAAGAAUCUUAAUUUAACCGCUAAUCCAGCCUAUGAUGAAGCAAAGGAUGAUAAAAGUUCUCCCUACAUAUGUGCUCUAAUUGGACUUGAAAUGAGCGGACAGUUUCGAUUCGUUGCACUUUGGACAUGUGGAUGCGUAUUUUCCGAAAGAGCGCUUAAAGAAGUCAAGGAAAAAGUGUGCUCGGUUUGUCAAACACCGUACAGUGAGGACGAUAUUGUAAUCCUCAAUGGAACGGAGGAGGAAACUAAGCAAAUGCUCACUAAAAUGGAAGCUCGGAGUGUUCGUGCACGUUUAGAAAAGAAAGCUAAGUUAGAUAAAAAGUCUAAGACAAAGGCUUCUGCUACUAUUACAUCUUCCGCCGCUUCCCAAUCGACAACUCCAGGCACAGCAUCAGGAUCCACAUCAUCUGUAGUGGCAGAAACCAUUAAUAUUCCUUCUACAAGCAUGAUGGAUAAAAAAAUCAUACUAUCGUCAGCAAAGGCAAAUGGUGAGGGAAGUAGCAAAGGAGGCAGCAAACCGAUAGUGCCGAAUAAGCGUGCACUUAUAAGCGACAAGAUUGGAGAGGAUCCAGUUUUUAAGAAAUCCAAGGAUGAUUACAGUGUCGCGAAGGAUCCAAAAGCAUCCGCCGUUUACAAAUCCAUAUUCACGACCCACGAGAGCGAAAAGGACCAAAAGCGUGCGCACUGGGUUACGUACAAUCCGUUCUAUAACUGA